AAAUCCAGCUCGUUUCAUGAUUCUGCCAUUGCCAAGUUGAAGGUUGUCGGUUCGGACAUUGAACGGGCAAUCCCGCCAACCAGCAAAAGCAUAAUUGACAAGCCAUCGACCCCAAGGCCCAGGAUGGACGCUGCUGACCGUGCAUGCGACCGAGGCUUGGAAUUUUUGGAGUCGCUUGGAGGUCGUGCUAGGGCAGUUUUCUUGCCGCCUGCCGAAGACGGUAAUCGAGCUCCGAUGCAAGCAACUCAAAUCGCUGGAGCCCAAAUCGCACAUCACAAUCAACGGGCAGCGGGAUAA